CCCUGAAAAAGAGGUGCGAGAAAAGAUCCCUCUGCCAGCGCAAUCAGUCGAUUUAUUUAUGGCAUUUGUUUAGAGGAAGGGCUCAUGUGAAGGGGCGGUGUUUUCUAAGUUAUUUAAACCUUCUAACCAACCUAGAGAGCAAGAAUUUCACCUUGUGUUAGUUAUCCUAGAGUUGCGCAACGAGACACGUUCCCCAUUCGAGGGACACAUCUGCUUGCGCUUUUAAUAUUUAAACAGCAACAAACUCUUUUUGAAACAGUAGGCUACUUAUUUAGUGGUUAAUCCUCACAUUCAUUACAGAAGAAUGGAUUUUGAUUUACCUCCUUCUCUCCCAGUGAGCGGUAUCCAGUGGGAGAGGGUGCUCCCUCCGUUAAUUCCCCGGGUGAGCGGGACGGUUGGACCAUCGUGGACCCCGACCGAACUUCUCAUCCCAGUUUCCGAGCAGAACGGAGCAGCACAGGUUACCUGUGAUCACAAUGGAUUUACUGUUCAGGUUGAUGUGAAACACUUCAAUCCUGAGGAGCUGCUGGUUAAAGUAGUGGGAGAUUAUGUUGUAGUGGAGGGAAAGCAUGAGCAAAGAAAGGAUGGUUCAGGACUGGUGUCGCGCCAGUUUAAUCGCAGAUAUCGGAUCCCAAAUGGAGUGGACAUCAUGGCUCUGGAAUCAGCGAUGUCACCAGAAGGAAUGCUUGUAAUCUCGGCACCUCUGCAACAAGGGGAGAAUUCCAGACUAUUGAAUCACACUGGACCAUGAUGUGUACAUACAGACACACAUACCUCUGUGUGGCGUCUUUUGUGUUCAUUUUUAAACAUGUUAAUCCAAGGCAUGAAAUGCUCUCAUCUCAAAUACAAGGGCAGACCACUAAAACAGACCAAUUCUCACUUCCUCUUCUGGUGGCUGAGGUCUUCACAACCAGUUUCAAACAUUUGAUUUAAAGCCAACGAAGAAGAUUCUCUUGGUUUAGCAAACAGUCUGCAAGUCCAACACAUUUAUCCUUAUAUUAACAGGUUCCUUUGAUUCAAACACACUCAUACACAGUCAAACACACAAACUCAUGCUCAGAAUGAAUUUACUGUAUGUACAGAGAUGGGCCAAUCUAAGAUUAUCCUGUGUUGUAUCAAAUAUACUCACAAAUUGCUAUGUUGAGAUUGUACAUAUUUUUAAAUAAUCAAAUGAUAACAUAAGUGUUAAUAUCGUAAAUGAAUUUGUGUGAUGUACAGUUUGAAUAUCAUUAAAUAUAAUGUGACACCCUUUGUUUAUUUGCAAGGGUCUUUUUUAAAAAAAAAUUAUGCAUUCGUACACCACAUAAAAACAACAUAAGUAGUGGCAAAAAUAAACAUGAAAGUUUGUUUGAAAUAUUGCAUCUUCAUAUAUUAAUCAAGUGCUAGUGGGAGGAGUCAAUGGGAGGAGCAUCACAUCAACCUCACUGCAAGAGAGAGAGAGAGAUGAUAAAAAGGUAACAUUUUACAAGAAGUUUGUAUU